GCUAAAUCUCGACCUGAUAGCGAUUUGCUUCCUCAUUCUCUCGGGGAAGGCAAUUUUCCACUGGAUCUUCCAAUUGAUACUCUCCUUGGUCCUAUUCAUCCAUCUACUACUUCUCUUUCGUCAAAUGAGGAAAAAAAUCAAAUUUCUUCAAACCGUGACCAAAGAGAUAUCCUUCACAAAACCAUUGCUCUGAAUCGUCUGAAGACACCCUCGAAUUCGUUGGCUUCAGCUAAUUCAGAACCGAUCUCUUCAUAUUUUAAUAAUGCAACCCAUAUUUCUGAGCAUUCAGGCCAUAGUCUAGUGAGCAGGCCAGAGUUUGGAAUAGAUUCUGAGGUUCUCGUUUCUCAGGAGCCCAUUGCUUUCCCUCCAACACCACCACCUCGACAACUGCCACCUUUAGGUGCUGUACCCAGAAGCACCGAGACUCGCUUUUUUUCAAGUGUACGGAAAAGCAAAGAUAGGGCGCUUGAUCUACCUCAAGAAUCAUUUACAAAAUACAUGGGUAACUUGCCUUUUUUAGUUCUUCGGUGA